UUUCUAUGAUUCCGUUGACUGGGAAAUUUUGGAUGAAAAUGAAAUUAUUGGAAUUUGGAAGAGAAAGAAACAAAAAUGGAAGUUUUGGGGAAGAAGAAGAUUUAACUCCGAUAUGAAAGGCUUUAUUUCAUCGAUAUUUUCCCGUCUAGUUCCUUUCCUUUUGGUAGAAAUUUGCAGAGCUCAACCUGUUGUGGACAUCAUCACAUCAAGUUACCCAAAUAACAUACUACAAGUUCCAGUUUAUAAAAGAUCAGGAAAUCUAGAUGUCAAACUUAGUGAAGUUCCUCAGAAUCAUCAGGUUGAGAUAACAUGUGGAGCACUAUCGUCAGAUAUUGGUCUCACAAACAUUUCAUUCAUCACGGAAAUUAUACAAAGAGGACAACAAGAUGGUUCGGUGUCUUUCAGCAUUAAUGCAGCUGGAAGAGCUGUUCAAGUUCGUUGCUCAGGUCAGAGCAUUGGUGGCACUCAAUUCCAGAGAGCUUCUUCGUUUGGGCAAACUAGCUACAUUCAAGUAACGAGACGGCCAACAGUCAGCCUAUGCUUGGAUGUUGUCAAUAUUACACCAAGUCCUAUGGCUGUCAAAAAAGUUGAAAUUUCAUUCAGUGAAAGUAUUCUUAAUGAUCCUGUAAUCUUGAACUGCUCUGUUAUUUCAUCACUCAGAGCUUCCUCUAAUCCACUAAAGGUAACCUUUACUGCAAAAACUGUUCCAGUUUCAACAAGAAAAACAAAUAUAUCAUACAUUUUGGAAAGUGAAGGUGAUCCAGUAGUUGUAGCUUGUUGGGCCUCAAGCAAAAGCACAACAACACCUGCAGACAAUUUACAGUACACCAGAAAUACGUCACAAGGUGACACUGCUGUUUUCAUGUACCAGAUACAACAGGCUACAUUUGUUCCUGCCUCAAUUACAUCUCUUGGACGGACAACUGUGGCACGUACAGUCAGUUAUCUUGUCUUGGAAAGUCCUGCGACAAAUUUGACACAGUUCUACUGUACAUUUCAUAAUGCAUCACAGAGAAUAGCAUCGCUUUGCGCAGGAAGCUUUCCUUUGAGGUCAUCCCUUGAGCUGUCAUCUAUCAGGGUAGAACUGGUGACCACCAACAUGACUUUUGAGGUUGGGGAUUUUUAUAAGCCACUCAUAGUUCAAAUAAAUGGUAGCAGCACCCAUCGUGUUCAACGGUUGCUGGAUGUGACUUGUUGCAGAGACGCCGACCCAAAAUACUUCAUGUUGUCAACCUCAUUGUCACUUUGGAUUGAUGUUUAUCCCAGCAUGCCAUUCAAGUGGGAGAAUAUUUCAGACAAGAGUCAGACCACUUUUUAUUCUGUAUUCGAUCCUCAUUGUCUGUGUGACUUGGAAGUAGAUCUUUGUGAUGCCAGGUGUUGCUGUGACAAGGACUGUUCUUCUUUUGAGAAGCAAAGCUUCCCCUGUGCCCCAGGAUAUUUUGGUGACGCAAGCGAGCCCACGAUAUUUGAGUACGGUUGCCAGGAAACGUGGAGCAAUGGCGACAACUAUCGAGCAUUAUUCUGUGUAGUAACGGACAACAAUCCAUUUCUUGGUUUAUUGUAUGAUUCUCCACCCACAUUUGCAGGUGAUAGCGUGCAAUUUGACUCCCUGCAGGCAGGCGCGCCCAAAUAUGAAUACCGGAAGAAUGAAAUUCGUUCAUUGGUAGAAAACGACGUCAACAAAAAUGGAUAUCGUGAUAGUGUCGUUAUAAAAACUGACCGUGCCGUAUUGACAUUACCCCAGGAGAUUGGUACUAACGCAUGCGCACGCUACGCUCCAGUUGUAUUUCUAAGGGACUUUUCCACAUGGUGUAGCUCCGAAUUCUCAGAAAUCAUGUGCUCUAAAAAAUCUUCUUGGAAUGCCUUGGAAUAUCUAGUUCCUAGUACUGCGCGAUCAUGCUUGACCUCGCCUCAGGUUCUCAAUUUGAACUCGACUGCGAACUCGUCCUCAGUUCCUACGCAUGUCCAAUAUUUUUGUCAAAAAGAUUCGACCGCUUUCGUGACAGAAGUUGGAAACGACUGGGAUCUAAAGAGCGGAUCUUUCAACACACAACAGGGGUCUGGGGGUGAAUCCCAUGAUUCUCGUUGCGCAUUCGAUGAUGGCGUGAGCAAACCACCUGCCCCAAUCUUCGACGAAAACUCGAAGAGAUGUUCGAAUGUUGUAUUGAAAGUGGCUUAUGAUUUCUAUUGGAAAGGAGGCAAGAUCGUGCAGCUGAGAGCCAGGAUCGCUUUGGGUGAUAUAACGGCGUCUACAGGCAAUGUAAUCGUUGCGCAGCGGUUUUCAGUGAAAUAUACGCACCUUGCCACGGUUGAUGCUACAAGACUUCCGUUUAUUCAGCCUGUGGUUGAGGAAAGGUCAGGAAAUCCUGGGUACAUUAGGGGAAAGAAAGUGAUUGCUAAGGCCAAUCAGACAACCCAGGGUCACGUGAGUCUUUGGUCGACAUCAUCCACUGGUCUCUGCGCAGAAGCGAAGACCUCGGAUCUAACGUUUGGUGAGAACAGUCACACAGGUUGUCUACUGAGACUUUCAUUGAAUGAUUUCAUCAACUGCACUUUGCUGAGGAACACGGUAUUGGAACGUCAGCGAAAUCUUGUAGGAGCAUCUUUUGUGGCAAGGCGUGGAAACGCCACAUUCAAUAAAACUGACGAUUGGGUGCCAUUAUUGUCUGACACUGCUAUUCAACCACCCAAUGCAACUGUAAAUCAAUCUUCGUCUGCAACGACUGUGGAACAAACCGCAGGAUCUUGCGACGAAAUUCCAUCCAAUUUACGUUACGAGAUCCUUAUCAGACAGACUGGAAUAUAUUACGGAACACCUCAGAUGGAAAUAGUUGGUGCCCGUGUCAGGUAUUUGUCUCGUAUCUGGAAGUUUCAAUGCUCUAGCGGGAAAUGUUAUGUCUGCAACGUUUCUAGAACAGAAAACGGUAACGAAACACGAUGUACGGAUAUCAUUCAAUCAUUUGCUGUGACAAGUUCUGUGGAUUUCAUAACUCUUUCUGACGAUAACAAAACCCGAAUGAAAAGGUCACAAGAUGCCAGCCCCAUUUGUUACCAGGACGCGUGUCCAGAGGAGGUGUUCUACCCGCUGCUGACGUCAUACGACGGUGAGUCCCGAGAGGUGGCGAUAGCUUACGGUUUAAUGCUCGUCGCCAUUGUGCUGCUCAUAACGAGCGUUUCAACGUCACUGCUGCAAAAUUUGAAGUCCUUGACGAUUGGGUAAAAAGAUAACGUAUUGAGGUUAGUCACCGUGCUGUGGUUAAAUGUCUGGUUUCCUUCAGCUAAUAGCUGUCCCUAGCCAUCUGGUUACGUUCCUGAUACAAACGGCCUUCCCUAUGAAUUAAAAUCUGCUUGAUACGUUGGUGUCCAUUGCCGAUAGGCCUCGCACCUAAACUGACUAUUAACUGAGUCCGUAUUUCGUCACAUACGACUCGCGACCGUUCUGCAAAACUAUGUCCUCGACAAGGAUGGAUAUCCAAAGGAACUCCUCUGGAACAUUGAGAUUAUCGUCUGGGCAAUUUUUCUUUGAGAGUCAAAUUAUACGGCGUAAUUUAGCAAUCUGUACCUGUUGUUGAUCUGAACUUGUGAGGUCCGAGUUAGCAGGUUGUUUGUUUUGCAAGUUAACCGCAAACCACUGCUUUUAUAAGAGAGAAGAAAUCUGUUUCAUGUGUAAACAAGGCUGAUAUUCAGGACAGCUUAACGACAUCUCGUGAUGAAAACGACUGUUAAUAUCAAUUGUUGUGUAGCGAUUUGUAUCUUCAAUGUGGCCCAUCACCUGGACCUAUCAUCAUGUGUAUGACAUUGACGAUAAUAGCAAUACCAAUGACAAUAAUAGCAACACAGAUUUUGCGAAACAUUUAUUUACAAAAAUUAUCGUUACCUAA